AAUGGAAAGGAAGAAGAAAGUGGUGGAGAGAAGGAGAAAGAGGGAGUGCAAAAGCAGUCUCUCUUUUUUUGGAUCUCUCGAACACACAAUUACACAAUUUAAUAGAAUAAUACUCAACAAAAUCUUUAAAUAAAAGCAUAAACUUCAUAUAAACAUCACCUUUCUUUUUCUUUUUUUUUUUUCUUGUUCUUCCUUUUCUUCUUCAGCAGGCAACAUUUUUAUUUCUGUUUGUUUCUUGGGAAAAUAUGCAACGGGCUCGCGUGUUUUCGUCUCCUGAUAUGGCAGGCUCUGAUCCACGGCCGCCUGAAGAUCCCAGCAGAAUUGAAGGUUAUGGUCUUGCUACAAAUGUGAAGCUACUGCUAAAAUUAAUUCAAGAAAAUAAUGAGGCAAGUGCGAGGGAACAAGAUGAUCAUCGGAAACCGCAGAGAAUGGCGGGAAUGAUUACCAUUCUAGAUGACGUUAGAACGAGGAUUCAGAAAUCUCAAUCCAUGAUUGGAAAGCGGAGCAUGGCGGAGCUGAGGCGGUGCAACACAGAUCUCCGCCCAAACCAUUCUGUUCCUCGGGACAGGAAGCCUCAAGAACCGGUGAUGGACGAAAAAGAACGGCUGCGGCGAGAGCUCACGGCAAGCCUGGUGGCGAGAAAGAGUCUAGAAGCAAUGUGUUCUAGCUUGGGAAAGGAGAAGGAGAUCAUGGCGUCGGAGUUGGCAAAGAAGGUUCAAGAAUUGAACGAAUCGGAGGAACUAAUUGAAGGUCUUAAAGCACAAAAUGAGACGUUGUUGGGGAAAGUACAAGCCUGCGCGGCAGAGCACAAGGACAGAAAGUGCGAGGGAGUGGAGGCCCAAGAGAACGCCGCCCUUAUGGAGCGGAACAAGGCGCUAUCGGAGCAACUUUUGAGGUCCCUCGACGGGUACCGAUCCUUGAAGAGAAAGUAUCAAAAUUUAAGAGACGAAAACGUAGGAAUUCAAGAAACAUUGAUGGAAAUGGGAGUGGAAGUGGCAGAAGGGCUUGGACGAAUACAGGGUUUCCGGCAGCGGUUGGCCUCAAAGGAGGCAAGGCCCGUUGAUAUCGAGGAAGAGAUUUCGGCUUUGGCAGAAAUGUUGGAGAGUUUUCAGAUGAAGAUUUCAAAGCAAAGUGAGAGAAAAUCAGGGUGGGAUAAACUAAAAUCUAAGCUCAUUGCUAAUAACAAGCAUCUGCUUCAGGAAAAGAAAGGGUAAAAUAGAAAUCAGAGAGGAUAAUCCCAGAAAUGUAGGCUCUGGAAUUAUGCAUCUUUGUUAAGAUGAGUAACAAAAAUUUUGUAUAUUU